AUCCGAUUUACCCGAUUACGUAAUAACAUUAAUAUUACGUCUCAGAAGCACAUCCAGUCCUGACAGCGAACACAGUCGUAUUUAUCAUUCUCAUUGUAUCACAGUCUGGCAACCGUCUUUGUUUUAUUUAUACGAAAAUAUCUCAUCCACACAACCAUGUCGUACAAUUUCAAGUAUAUGGAAAAAUACAAUAAAGUCAAAGUAUGUAUAAUUUAUAAUUCGUUGUAUCGUAUUAGAUUUAGAUCGAAUCGAGGAACGUAUUAGUUUCUAUAAUGUUCUAUAAUGUUUUUUUUGUAUCUGUUAACUUUUCUACUAGAAAUCUGACUGCGAACAAAAAAUGUAUAGGAACUUACUUGUAGCACUUUUUUGUUUAAUUGGUGGGUUGUAACUUGGAAGGUAAAUGGAAAAAAAUGACAUUUGUCAUUUUUCGGAAAUCUUAUUCGCAGGGCACCAAAUUACCAAGUAAUAAGUCGAUAUAUUAACAGUUUUUAUUCAUUAUACUCUAAUCACUUCAUAAUGAAUUAAACAUAAAAUACAAAAAAUUGUGUAUUUCAUGUCUAAUAAAAGGGCGCCAGUUCAUAUUUUACCCCGGUUAAAAAAAAAUGUUCCGACGCUGAUUUUAUAAUUUUUGUUGAUUUCUUGCAACAAGAAGAAAACACUAAAAACAAAAAUUCUGCUCAGUUUUGUUUUUGUUGGCAACGGUUUAUCUUUACAUACAGAUAUAAAUUAAAUUAGGUACUUUAUACGGGUAUAUUGUAUUUUCCCAGUGGCGCACCUAUUAUAAUACCGCAUGUCACAAUUUUGGAUUCUGAGUGGAGCGAAGAGACUUAUGGUUUUACAAAGAUGUUUAUUUAUUUAUUUUGCUAUGUGCGCAACUUUUCUACCAAAAGACUUGCUCGGAUUUCUACGCGUAGAAAAUCGGCGUGUGGAGGUACUUUAAGGAGAUAAUUUUCCGAUUUUCUUAAAAAUGUUCUCAUCAAAUUUGAAAAAUCGAAAUAAAAUCAAAAAAAACGGAAAAGUUUACGAAAUAUUAUAAAUAUAAUAUUGCGAUUUUUUUUCUGAGUAACUUUUCUUCCAGCAACUUUGCUUGAACUUUUAAUGACAACAAUGUUUCUGAAAUGAAAUUUCACUAGGGAGAGACUUUAAAGAGGUCAUUUUUUGAUUUUCCCAAAAACCAGAAAAACGUAGGAAAACUGGGAAAAUUGGUACAACAUUAAACAAAUUUUGUUAAAGAAAAUGUAUAAAACUUUUUUAAUAAUUUGACUACAAAAUGACAUAUAUAUUGUUGACAAAGCAUCACUAUCAACUCAAAAUCGUUUUUUCGUAAACAAUGGUUUAUCGUUGCUUACGUACAUUAAAUUUACGUUUAUAUCCUACCUUCCCAACUCCCCACCUACACCAGUAGCUGUACUCGUCUCCGUUAUCUUACCUUUUUUUUUUAUUAAUAAUUAUGUUAAAAUAGUUUAGUAUUAAAUAACUUUAUGCAUAGGUAACAAAACAAAAAUAUAUAAUAAGGUGUCAAAAAUAUACUUAUAAGAAUAUGAGCCGUUGUGACUCAGAAUCUAAAUUCCGAUAAAUUUGUAUCCUAGUCUACCAAAGUGGACUUGUGUCCUGUAAACUGUAAUGAGUACAUACAUCGUAAAGAUUCUUUUAAACUUUAUAAUUUGAUAUUAUUUGGGAAUUUGUACCCAAUCACACACCACCACGGAACUUACCAUGCCAAAAAUUUGAGUCAAGCUCAAAAUAAACGCCGACAUUAGUCUACAGCAGAUUGUAGAGCUACGAAAAAUAUAGGUACUUAAGCAGAUAAAUAAUUCAGAUUUCAAAUAUAGGUAUCCAUUGAAAUUAUAUUCCAGUGUAAAAUAUUAUAAAAAUAUAAUGCUAUUGUAUAACAAAUACAAUUCAAUUGAACUAUUGGAUAACAAAUAAUUGUGUAUGAAACUCAAUAAAAGUAUGUAAUUAUGUAGUUAUAUGAGUAUAUAACUAAGCAAUAUUGUAGGUACCUACCUACCUAACGUGUUUUAAUAAUAACCUGUAAAUUCGAUACCGUUAGAACAUUGGGAUUUUGGACAAUGAUUUAAUUACCUUUCAAAAAUAAAAAUUCCUCUAAGUAUUAAAAUAAGGUAUAGGUUAAUUAACCUUAAAGUAUCACUCAUAACAAAAUAUUAUACUGCUGGAAAAUAGGUUUUCCCAACGACUAACAAUAAUAAUCAUUAUUGCGUGUUAUGCUGCACUGUAUUUAAAAUAUUUAUAUAUAAUUAUUAUACAAUAUUAUAUUUUAAUUAGAAAUUCUGAAAAUAGAGACAAUUUUACGAAACAAUUGGACGUCAAAGUAUGAUAUACGUAUAUAACUAAAAAUUUAUAUACGUAUAAUAUUAAUUAAGCGUCGAAAUGAGUGUUCUUAUCCAAGUUUUUGGUAUUUUAUCUUUGCAUAUUAUAUUAAAUAGAUAGCACUUUUUUGAUAUUGUAUUUUAAUUUGUUGACGUCCAAUUGUCCAAACGGCCACGUCCAUAUUUUGUCCUAGAUCGUAUAAUCUGUUAUAUUCAUGAAUAAAUAUAGCUGUCCCGCACCCGGCAUUGCACGUGCCAAUUUGUAUUAUUAUUAUUUUACCCGUGUUCAUUUUUGGUUUUGGCAGUGUCAGUAUUGAAUGAAAACGAAUAAGUGGAAAGUGAGUAGUCCACCAUCAAGGGAUUAAAUGUGUUCUAUUGUGAAAUUUUAAUAGUGUAAAUAAUAAUAAUUAUUAUCAUAGUUUUAUUUUCCGUGGCAACCAAGGUAAUAUUUGAAUAAACAAAUAUAAAUAAUUAAGCAAUUAGAGAUAUUCGUACCAAAUAUACCUAAAAUCCCCUAUUUUACCCCCUUAGAGGUUAAAUUUUCAAAAAUUUCUUAGCGGAUGCUUAGUGUCUACGUCAUAAUAGCUAUCUGUAUGCCAAAUUUCAGCCCGAUCGGUCCAGUGCACAGUGGACCAGAUGACUUACUUUUAUGGCCAAAACUAUAUAUUUAAUAUAAACUAUUUAAUUUUUAAUUUUCUUAUAAUUUAAAUAGUUUUAAUGACAAGAGCUGUUCAGACUAAAAAUAAAAACUCUAUCUCUAUCUUUUUUGAGGAUGAAACAACUAUACCUACUUUUGAUUUAAAAUGCAGAUUAUAAUAAAAAUUCCAUAAAUAGGUUAAAUACUUAUUAGUAUAUAUUUUGGUGUUGACAUUUUUGAUUUCAAUCAACCCGCUGACAAGAUAUUUCACUUUUAACAGGACUCGAAUGUGCUAUUUUAGUCUCAACCUUUUGUAGACUACGUAGAACUCGCUUAAUUUUAAUUUUAGAGUAAAAUAACUUAUUAUAAAAUUAAAAGAGAGCAAUAUUCCGGAGGGCAAAACGAUGCGUUUUAUCUAAUAGUCCGGAUUUAACAUCCAAUACAUCGUUUAGCAAUAAAAAACUAAUUCACCGUUUAUUCUCUAGAAUAUUGUCUUCUUUGAAUUUUUGUAAAAGGCGCUUUUACUCUAAAACUAAAAUUAGCGAGUUAUACGCAGUCUGCGUAAGGUAGAUUUUACUAUAUUGCUCGUUAGGUAGACUGAGUCAGCACAUGUGGGCAUAAAGUCCUCUUGGGUUUGAAUAUGGGGAGAAUAGUGGAAUAUUUAUCUUAGACCGUAUUAAGAGAGGGUCCAAGGGAGACCAUGGCCCUCUAGCCACCAGCCUUGCAGGGCCUCAGUUUUGACCACAAUAUGUUCUUCAUACAUGCAUUUAGCCAUUGACUUUGUACUUGGAUAUUUUAAUAUUUAGUCAUUGUCUAAUGACGACUUAUUCGUAUUAACAAUUAUUAUAUAGUAGAAACUACUAGUAAAAAUAAUGUAUUUAUUUAUUUAAAUAAUACUUGUGGUUUUUGUAUUGAGAUCUAUAUGAUAUCCAUUCUAUUUAUAAUUUUUCUUUUGUUAAAACAUAUUGAUUAACAUUAAAUAUUAAACAUUUUUAAAAAUUGUAUAUUAUUAGUCUUUCAACGAAAGCCUCGUAGAAAAGUUUGGACCUGGGGCCUCUAAAUGUCUUAAUCCGGACUUGCAUUUACCUAUGAAAAAUGUCUGCGAAAAAAUAUUUUCCAACAUUUUACGCUCCCUUUUUAGUGCUCCACUACUAUCCCUUUACCCAAACUGAAAAGUAGAAUAUCCAUUCAACGGAUUGAAACCAAAAAUCAACAUAUUCAUAAUUAUUAAAAAUAUGAUUUUUAAUACUGUUUAUUUCUUUUAGAUUCUGAUUGUAGCGAGGGAGCUAUUAGUUUUACUAAGAUGUUCAUUUUUUUUUCUUUGUUCUAGUCUGUGGACACUUUUUUUUCCUAAUAAACUUGCUCCGAUUUUUCCGAACUACCAAUUGUUUUCUUAAUACAUAGAUUUCUACAGGACACGAUAUUACCACACACCACGAAAACUAACUAAAAUUUAAUAUGCAAUAUUUAUUAUACAUAACUAUUAAUUUAUGUUAAUUAAAAAUAUUGAGAACAAAUUAAUUAUCAACAUAAUAAAUUCAUAUACAAAAAUACCAAACAAUAUUUUACAAUUUCUUUCUUGCUUUAUCUUGGGUAUAAGAUAAAGAUAAGAUUCACUUCCAAUUCAAGUCUUGGAACACAAAUUUUCAGUUCCUGGAUACACCCAGAUAGAAUGUGACUAUUAUAUAUAAUGUAACGGUUAGCGGAUUAAAGGGGGUAUACUCCCCACAAAUUAGGUUGCCCUGCAAAUUGUUCGCAACCCCAACAAUGUGACCCAAUUUACGUCUCUCAGUGAGCGGGUCAAGGAAUUCUUUCAAAUAGGAAAUAUGUAUUUAGUGUGACCACAUAACAUGACGCGUAUUUUGUUGUUUGAUUUUAGCACAACAUCCAUUUCAAAUGGGCUACAGAGUUCGAAAAUACUAUCCAACAAAUGACAGCGAAAGUGUUCAACAUCGUCGGAACAAAAGUGGACGGAAAUGAAGUGAAUGUGGUCAUCCAAGCUUUCGACGAGUUCCAGAAAAAUCUAUUGACCUUAAUGGACGAUUUGGUGAAACGGGUAAAUUAGAACUAUAUAUUUUAUGUUUUAAAGUUUUUAGGCAGGUACCUAUAUUUCGCGUUUCCUUACGAAAAUCAAUGUCGGUUUAAGUGAAAAAUACGCCGAAUAUUUAUCGGGACCUAAUUGCAUGCCCAGGGAUGGCUAAAAAGAUUUCAACCCUCCCCUCCCAUUGGCAGUAUUAAUACACAAAAUAAAAAUAAUUUUAAUUGUUCAGCAUUGAAAAUUUAUCAAGCUAUGCUAAAAAAAAUUAAACGAGGCGUGCCAGUAAAUCGUACCUAUUUAGUCAUCCGUAAAAUACUUAUUAUUAUCCGAUCAACUAAAUAACUAAAUGAGAUUAAACUACGUCCAUAGUGGAUGGGGACUGACAUUUUAAUUGAUCCUUAAUAUCCGUGCCAACAUCUAUAAAACGAUACAAUUAUCAACAUUCUACGUUCAUCCAACCCGAAAUUCUAUGAGUAUAAAAGUAGUCGAUUUGGUGCAUUUUCAAAAAAAAACUUCAACUGAAUGAAAAUAAAUCUCAAAAAACCGUAAAUGUGAUUUCAACGCAUCAUAGUCAAAAAUCUCCCAGUGGGCCCCCAUAACCCGAGUUAUGAAAAGCAAUUAACUAUUACAAUUUAAAAGCAUACAUUAACUUUACCCCAUAAAAUAAUCCUAGACAUGUGCCUGUAUGUAGAUAUGUUUUGCUACACACUGCACGUAUUUACUACACAAAGUGUUCUACGAAGAUACACUCAUCAUCAAUAAAGAUAAUAAACAUAUCUAAUCAAAUUCCGUGUUUUUAUAUUACUUGCAUAAGGACAAAAAAUAAUUAUAUUUGAAUUCAAUUUUUAUGUUUUGAUAAAAAAAAUUUAAAAAUUAUAUUAUUUUUGCAAAAUGUGAAGAUAGAAAUUGUAUAGAGUUUUUAAUUAUUCUGAAAAUGUUUAAUUUUUAAUAAAUUGUUUAAAGUUCAAAUAGCAAAUGCGAUUUCAGCCUGCUGCAUAAUUAUAGUUACCAAAUUGAAAUAAUAAUUAAUAUAACAUCUUUAUUAUUAUUAUGGUUAUAAUAAUUACUGUACACUUUAACUCUUUGAACUCUCUGAACAUUUUUAAAAAUCACAAAUUUAAUAAAAAUGAAAAGUUGAAACGUCAAAAUUUCGACAAUAAUGAACUAUAUAAAAUGGCUAUUUUUAAAUUUGUCAAAAAUAAUAAAAUGAAGUUAUUUUUUUAGUUCUUUUCCCGAAACAUACAAAUUUAAUUGAAAUAUUUGCAGUCUUUAUCCCUGAGUUAUAUAAAAAAAAAAAACAGAAUCUGAUUAUCUUUAUUAUCUCAGAAGGUAAUGUACCUAAUGGGUAUAUCUUCGUGGAACAUUGUACAUGUAUUUAAUUUAUUAUUUUUUAUCCCCUCCUCUAACACCAUUGAAAAAUCCUGACAUGAUCCCUGUAUAAGACGAGAAUAAUAAGAUUUUCAAUUUUUGAUCGUUGAAAUUUCGCCUUCAUCCUCAGUCGGUUUUUUUUUUAGACUAAACAAAUUUUACUUGAAUUAUAUAAGCCAUAUCUGAGGAGAGAUUGAUGGAACGAGAAAUAUAUAGUAUAUUAAACAAAUUUUGGACCCCCCUAAAUUUGUUUUCAGUAACGAUAAGUAGGUACUUACCUGAAGUAAUACCAGUUCAUACUCCCUUUCAUGAGCUUUAGAUCCACCAACACUUACACAAUGGUUUUACUUGGUUAACAAAAAAAAUUGCUCUAAUUAGUAAUUAAUACAUUAAUGUAUUAUUAUCGUCAUCCACAGAUCGCAGAUUCCUACGAGUCGUUGGAAUCCGCCAAAAAGAAUGCAACCGGAUGGGCCAAUUCCCUGAGAUACCAAGUGUCUCUCAAGCACCAUUAUACGAGCGCAGGUCCGAACAUCCAGGGCGUCCGUUGGGGCUUCGAAAACUCCAUUAAAUACAUAAUAAUAAGUGCCACUGAAUUAGCGGACGAGGGAGGUAAUGACACAGAGUUCAAGAAAAUGGUAUCGGACUACGUGAAAAACGUCGUUAUUCAAAGCCUGAUCGAUACUCUGGAAACUAUCAAAGUACCUAUAAAUAUUAAUAUACAUUAUAAAUUGGACACUGUCUGUUAGAGUUUAAAAUAAUUAAGUGAACUGGACGAUUCAAAAUAUUAUUAUUCACUUUCCGAAAAAAAAGUUAUAAAUGACUUAUCUAAAGUACUACCUUAGUCAGGUUUCCUUUCAGAAAAAGAGCUAUCAUUGUAAAUCGGAGCAAAAUUACUAGUAGAAAAGUUGUUCACAGAUAAAAAUAAAAAUAAAUAAACAUCAUUUUAAAACCAUAAACUUCUUUGCUUCACUCAGAAUCAAAAGUUACUGUUUUUAUUUAAUUGUAAAAAAAAGGUGAAUUUUUAUUGGAAUAUAGUUUCAUUCUAGUAAAUUGAAAAUAAAUAUGUAAAUACUGUUUUUUUUUUCAUAAUGGGUAAAAGUUUCAAAAUUACUGAAAGGAAACUUUUUAAAUUAAAGUAUUUGAAAAUGUUCAAAUUAAUACAUUUUUUUAUUUUUUUCAAACAUUUUAUUACAAUUUCUUGUGUGUAGUAACCUCACCCUUUAGAUAUUGGUAGUGUUUAAUACCUGGUUAAUCAUAAGUUAAACUCAGUGGUAUCAAAAAAGUUGAGCAUAAUGUAGUAGUUUAAGUUUAAAUUUUGAAAACAUAUACAACCAAACUUCAUAUCUAGUGACACACCUAUUGCCAGUAUCAGAUAUUUUAUUUUAAUAUAGGUAUUUAUAUAAUCGUUUUUAAAAUAAUGGGAUUAAUUUUUCCUUGGUCGCUAAUAACACUGUGGGUAAGUAAUUAUAAAUUAUUGCUUAACAAUUUUUAACAUAACACAUAUUAUCAACAGCAUUAUAUAAGUUUAUUAUGAGGUCAUCAAGAAAAAUAUUUUAGGGGUUGCAUAUAGGCAGUUAAAAGAAUUUUUAAAAACAAAUUUUAAUUUAUCAACCUAAUAUAUUCUAAUAAAAAAAAAAAAAUACUUCGCACAAUGGGUAGGCCACCAUUAUAGAUGGAAAGUUGAAAAUAUAUAAGAUAUAGAACGGAAUUUAAUAUAUAUCUGCACGCAAUGAUUAAUUAUUGUUAACGACAAACAAUUCUGAGCAAAUGAAAACAUUUUUUUUUUUUUUUAAUUACACCAUAAUUAUUAUUAUUGUAUUGUUUAUUUCAGAAUAAGUUAGAUCAGCUCAAACAACCAUAACUAUUAUGGUGACGUAACAAAGCACUUCGGUGGACAAGAUAUUAUAUUUAAUGUAUACACAAUAUUAUACCUAUAGAAUUUUAUUUUCAUCAAACAUUUAUUAAUUAUAGUAUUUUAUAGUUUUAUACCAAAUACAUUAUUAUCAAAUUAUG